AUGGCGGGAGUCCCCGCGCAGGGACGUUGCAGAGGAUGCACCUCCCCCGGCUGCGCGUGCGGCGACCAGGGCACGUGGACCGAGCCCUCGCUCCUCAGCCAGCGGCUGUCGGAAGGCUCGCCCGGCCACGAGCUGCUGGAGAAGUGGACGAGCACGUGGGGCUCCCUGAGCGGGGCCGCGGCGGGGGCGGAGCGGACGCGGAGCGGGGAGGCGGCGGCCGCGCGGGACGAGGACCGGCCGCUCGUGUUCCUGUGCGCCGGCUGCCGGCGGCCGCUGGGCGACUCGCUGAGCUGGGUGGCCGGGCCGGAGGCCAGCUGCAUCCUGCUGCGCAGUGUGUCCAGCAAUGUCUCUGUGGAUGCGGAGCAGGUACUGUCCAAACGGGAGAACGAGAAUGGCUGCGUCCUGGAGACCCUGCGCUGUGCGGGCUGCGCGCUGCCCCUCGGCCACGUCUACCGCUGCACGCCCGGCCACCUGGACUACAAGAGGGACCUGUUCUGCCUCGGCGUGGGCGCCACGGAGAGUUACGUCUUAGGGUCCUCUGAGAAGCGGAUCGUGUCGGAAGACAAGGCGUUCGGUCUUGAGAGCAGAACUGAGAUAGAGAACUCGCUGAGGCAGAUGGAGGACGUUUUGAAAAUCUUGCAGACGAAGCUGCGGGACGUGGAGACGAAGUUGUCCUUCGCCAGUUCCAAGUCCGAGCUGUGUCCCUAGUGCCCUGCGGCUCCCGGCCGGCCGAGGCGGCCGUUCCCGCUGCCACUUCCUGGACGGAGGGGUCCUCGCACGGGCACCGGAGAGUCCCUGUGGCUUGCUGUACGGCUCUGUCCGAUGUGAAGAGAUGACCGCUUCCCAUCUUGUGUUGCUCGCUGGAAAUAGAACCUGGGAGCUUUUGUUCUGAUGAGAAACCGCCAUGAUUUCCGAACUGUUUUCUCCUUUGCAUCAAGUCCAUCUUCACUUUGUACUUAACGGCCUUUCCCCGUCGGCGCCGUGAGGAACACUGAGUAUGGCGGGGCUUUCCGGCCGCCGCGCGCCGAGUCCUCUCUGAAACCCGCCCGAGCUCCGAGGAGCCGGCAGGACUGGAAACUGCCCGUGAGCCGAGCAGCACGUGCUCAUUCGGAACCCUGUGCCCCUGCCCCUGCCC